AUGAUCCGACUUGUUCCUAAACGAAACAUCUUUCAAAUCCUGCUCGCUGUUAAGAAAGAUCCUAAGUCCUUGGCUGUGAAAUGUGGGAUCGUGAUAAUUCCGCAGAGUCGGGGUCAGCAGGUCGGAAACCCGGCGUUCGGUUUGCAUGCUCACCGACCUGUGGCAGCUGAGCUUACAGGACUGUGUGAGGAGCUGGAAUUGCGCCUCGGUAUAGAGUUCAAGGCUAAUGUGCCUUCCAUCGCUUUCUGCUUACUGCUAUACAAUGCUGUGAACCAUAACCAGCAAAGCGAGAUAUGUUAUACAGGAAACUCCUUGAAGAGAUAG